GCUCAUUUUGCAUUACCUAACAGCGAGCUUUUAAGACGCAUCGCGCUUGCACGUCAUAGUGGACGCGUACCACGUGAUCGCGUUUUCUCUGAAACUUGACGCCGUCGUGCACGGGCCCACUGGCGUCUUUCCCACUUUCUUUUUAUGCCACCCUCUCCUCCAACCCCUUCAUUCAUCUUGCAGUGAACCACGAAUCAGUGAACAGCCAUGUCCGAGGGCGAAAAAGCCAUACCGUUCGGAUUCUUCGUGUCUUUAAUCAGUGCCAUCGCGAAAAUAAAGCCCCGCAAAGUCAGCCAGAAUAACUCUUCACGCUCAACACCCUAUGUCGUGCAAACAUUCAGAAAUUGGGUGGCAGAAUUGCAUCGUCGCUACGCGCCUCUUCCCCCUGGCACUGCAGCUAUUGUGUUCCGCCUCUUGUUCCCCGAAGAAGACGUCCGAAGAAAAUAUGGUUUGCAAGAGACAAGACUCGCUCAGUCUAUCUCCAAGGUCCUCGGAAUCUCAAAAAACACAGGCGCGCGAGGCAACGGUCUUGUGAAUUGGGAUGGCGACAACUCGAUAGGAUGUCUCGGCCUGGAGGUACAGAAGAUUUUGGAAGAGAGCUCGACCAUAACGGAGGGUACCCUCAGCAUCGCCAAAGUAGACGCCUUACUCAGCGAACUAGCGGCCACAUGCGCGUUUUCGUCGCCAAGUGUCCGCCGGCCGCACUCUUCAGUUGCUGACUCGAGCGCUUUGCCUCGACCCAAGUCCAAUGUGCUCCGCGCUCUGUAUACGGCGCUCUCCCCGGUGGAAGCAGGGGUCGUCACGCAGAUCAUCCUGAAAGACUUGCGGCCGAUGUUGUAUCCCAUCCCCCCGGAUCAGACUCAUUAUACCGCAUCACUACUCUCCUAUAACAGCAACGCAUUGACCCAGCUCACAAAAUUCGACGCCAUGCGGGAGUGGGAUCUGAGCAAACGUAUGCUUGCCACAUACCGUGUGCGGGCAUAUUUGGAUGAGGCGGCCCAGCUCUACGAGACUUUGUCGACGGCGGACGAGGUCGACAUUGUCUUGAAACCACUGGUUGGCGUCCCGGUCCAGAUACCGAAAUGUACUAAGGGCCAGGGAUGCGCGCAGGCACUGCAUGUCCUCCGUACCUCGAAGAAAGUCUGGGCGGAGACCAAAUAUGAUGGCGAGCGUGCACAGAUCCAUGUUGAGAUAAUCAAUGGAGAAGCACGCAUCACGAUCUACAGCAAAAGUGGGCGGGAAUCAACUCAGGACCGUGUCGCAAUUCACGAGACUAUACUUGAUGCCCUUGGGAUAGGAACUACGUGCUGCAAGGUCAAGACGAAUGCCAUCCUUGAGGCAGAGAUGGUUGCCUUUUCGGAUUCACUCGACCGUGUCGACGAAUUCUGGAGAAUUCGCAGUAUUAUAGCGAGCACUGCCGUCGGACCACGUCGUGUUAAAGGCAAGGAAGCGACGCAUGAAGAAGAUGAAGAACAGGAGGAUAUUCAUUCGCAGAGUUCUAUCAUCUCUGAUGCGUCAGACGGAGGCACCAGGCGCCUCGCUCUCGUAUUCUUCGAUGUCUUGUUUCUCGAUGAUCAGUCUCUUCUCCCCGUCCCCUACUCUCGACGACGCGUCGUCCUAGAAUCGAUCAUCAACACCGCACCCGGACAUGCCAUGCUAGCUGAGCGAACUCCUAUAUCAUUGACAUGUCAAAGCGACGGAAAUGCGCAAUUACGAACAAUUUUCUCGGGGCUUAUCGCUGACCAUCAGGAGGGAGUGGUCUUGAAGGCCGACGAGUCACGUUAUAAUGACUGGAGGCUGCCGUGGGUGAAGCUCAAGAAGGACUACAUCCCAGGCUAUGGCGAUUGCCUCGAUCUCGUCAUCGUCGGUGCGGCCUGGGAUAAGGAACGUGGUCGCGAACUCAGAGUUGCACCAACCGUGUACACGACGUUCUAUCUUGGUGCUUUGGCCAACGGCAAGUCGUUGCAGAUGGAUCGACGAGCUGUUCCUCACUUUGAGGUAUUCUUCACCGUUUCAUACGGUCUCGCAAGGGAACAAUUAGAGGAGCUCAACUUCAUCAUCAAGAGCACGGAGCCUGUCAAGUAUAUAUCUGGGAGGCGCACACAUGGACUGUCGUAUACAAUUGAUUUGUUCUCGGGAAUAUCUGCUCCAACCGUCCUGCUUGGGCAGCCAUUACUAGCAGAAGUAUAUGGUGCUUGCUUCAGCAAAGCGCCAGGAAGUUUGUUCUAUGAACUCCGCUUCCCCCGCAUCGCGAAGGUCUUUCGCGCCAGAGAGCGCUCUUGGACCGAAGGAACCAGUUUAGAUGGGUUCCAGAGGACUGCCCAUGAAGCGAUUGGACGCGACCCUUCCAACAAAGAGAUCGACGACUGGGCCAGAGAGCUCUUCGGGAAGCCUCGCAUUCCUGGUGUCAAGUGUCCGACGAAGCGCAAACAAAUGGAAGAGACCUGGAUGGAGAAGCUAGAGCUGGUCGAUCGACAAUUGGGCGAGCGCAAGAGUAAGAAGUUGAAGACGGGCAAGGAGUCUAUCCCUGAAAAGGCACUGGGAACUUCGAAGACCGCAAGAGAGGAAGGCGCGAAGACUGGUACCAACACUCCAAGAACAGCCACAUACCUGCGAGCACUUGGAUCAGUGACGAACGUCGCGCAAUUACCAGUCGCGGAUGUGGAUAAUGCGUCAUCGGAUAGCAAGGGCAAUACCACAACGCGCAACGUUCAAGUGGCGCCCGAGGGACUGCAUCCGGUUAUUUUGGAAGCUCGCUCGCCAUCUCACAAGACCGUUAGCGAUGCGCGGAGCGAAAAUGCAGGCCCUGUUCAGUAUCCUCCACAAGAACAGUCGUCACAUACGUCUGUACCUGCUCGAAGUGAAGUCCCAGCGGCACCAGCGCAGCAAACAGAAGGGCCUCUCACUGCCAAGUUGGUAGUACGUGAAGACCCGAUGGCAAAGAUCUCCGAGGACCGCAAGUCUCCAGAAGUGCCUCUGACUCCAUUCACUUUACAGUCCAGCGAGUAUGACUCAACAGCAAUGGGCAAGUUCCUCCGAAACGCGGUUGUCUGGAUGGCGAGGCCUCAAGAUCCGACGAAGCUACUCUGGAGGGUGCCUUCAAAAUCAAUCAUACCAGCUGGGCAACGGGUACACGGUCUUGAAGCAUUCCUUAUGGCCUGCGGCUGGUGCACUCCUUCUCAAACCAACGGAGCAUGUGCAUGGGUCGAGCGUGGUGUCGUGUUCGUCGACGAUACGGAUGACGGGAGCCAGUGGAUGGAAUAUCCUCUGAAGGUAUUGCUAAGUCGGAGCAUGAAGAUGCUGAGCUGCGAAGAAUUGCAAGCACAAACAUCGGAGCGCGACAUACAAAAUCGUGCGAUCUGCAGAUUGGCAUGAGGGCCAUAGUGCGGAGUAAAUUAUCACUAUUUACCUCAGUCAGAUACCGCCCGCGUAUAGUCUAUAUUAUGAUGUUUUUGGUGGUGUAAUACAAUCUUCACGAGUAGCAACAUUUCU